AUAAAAACAACCGAACCAUUGUAGACGCAGUUGGUGUCCUCGAACGAGCUCAGGGAGGAGGAAGAGCCAGGAGGUGUAGAGGGGCAGAGGUGAUGGCGCUCAAUCGGCGGGGAGGAGGAGACCCCAAUGAGGGGGUGGUGGCGAGAGUGUCCAGCUCGAUCCAGGGGUCGCCGAUCUUUCAGAAGGGGAGGGAAGCGGCGUCGGCGACGGCCGCCUGCGGCCUGAAGCUCCUGCGCAGCACCGGCAAAGCUGCCUGGAUCGCCAGCACCACUUUUCUCGUGCUUGUCGUCCCGCUCAUCAUCGAGAUGGAUCGGGAGCAGCAGAUGAACGAGCUCGAGAUGCAGCAGGCCAGCCUUCUUGGUGCCCCUUCCUCGAUGAUGCCCCGCCCAAGUGAUCACUUCGACGUUCACUCCCUUUUCUUUGCUCUCUGUCUUCUUUCUACGAUGUAGUGUUCGACUGCAUUCUCUUUCUUAUGGAGUUCGUCGUUUGAUUUAAUGGCUGAUGUUGGGGACCCGUCUUGGUUGGGGUGAGAAGAUAUCGAUUUACCGGGAUUUGGGUCUCAGAGGUUUGGGGCUAGGCCUUCGAGGGAACACUGGGUUCGCGUGAGUAUUGUGUAUAAUUGUUGAGUACAGUUUACUUGAAUGAAAGUAAUGUACUUGUGCUUCUUUA